AUGCUUCAGGAUGCGAGCAAGACCAAGCAGUUAACCGCGGAUAAUAACAAGACCUUCUACUUCGAUGUAGGAAAGAACGAUCGCGGAACAUUCGUUCGCGUGACUGAGGUGAAGCAGCCAACCGGCUAUCGUACAUCGAUAACAAUCCCUCAGUCUGCAUUGGACAAGUUCCGUCAUCUACUCGAUGAUGUGAUCGAGGAUUUGGCAGCGCCAGCGGCAAAGGCGCAGGUGGGAGAGGGCGAUGCCUAA